AUGUCGCCCAAACUCAUGAUCUACAACUAUAUGGUUCUAGACGUCGGGGACAUUUAUCUUAUUUGGAAGAAUUUUACUUUCAAAAUCGUCACUCCCGAACCCAUUAUUACAACCAUCUGGUGGACUGAGCCAACCACAACAAUCAUUGCACCAAGCAGUGUGGAACCGGAAAUGACGUCAUCGUUAACGGAGAUAACAACUACCGAAGCGCCACCAAAAAGAUGGGUUCUUGCAAUAUUUGAUUACCAACUGCUCAACUUCAGACACUACAAGGAACUGGAUGAUAAAAACUCAGAGCUGUUCCAGAUUUAUCAACAGAAGUUCUGUAGUGAUAUUGCAAGAUUUUACCGAAACAGUUUUCUGUACCCGUCGUAUCGUGACUGCAUAAUUGCUGGUUUCACCUCACAUGGGAACACAUUUCCUAACAUUACAUUCCACAUUGCAUUUGAGACCCCGGUGUUUCCGAGACUGCAGUACCACAUUAUCAGAAUUCUGGAAUCGCAAGCUCCACAGAUUAACAUGUCAUCUUACACCGUCAUGGAUGUUGGCGAUCUCUAUCUGAUCUGGAAGAAGUUCCAGUUCAUACUCGUGACCCCGGAACCAUCGGUGACAACCAUUUGGUGGAUGCCUUCGUCGACAGUCGUCCCAACCAGUACCAAGGUUGCUAUGGAAACGUCCACAGUAGAAAUGACAUCAUCGAUAGUAGUAACCACACCAGAUCCCAGUAGGGGUUGGCUGCUGGCAAUAUUCGAGUAUGGACUUCUCAACUUCAGACACUACCCAGAACUCGACAACCGCACAUCUAAGUUAUUUCAGCUUUAUGAAAGAAGGUUUUGUGAGGAGAUCAAGUCUUAUUACUUGAACAGUUUUCUGUAUGCAGCUUAUCGCCGCUGUCAUAUCAAAAUGUUUGGUAAUCAUCCCAACACAAUAGCGUUCCGGAUUUAUUUCGAGCCUCCGUUCUUCCCAACCCUGCAGUCGUACAUUCUGUUUGUCCUGGAGACACAGUCGCCGAAACUGAACAUCUCCACGUACACCGUGAUGGACGUCGGCGACCUCUACCUCAUCUGGAAGAACUUCACCUUCAAGCUGGUGACCCCUGACCCAGACAUCACGACUCUGAUUUGGACAGAACCCUCCACCACGCUGAUCUCGUCCAUCCAACCAUCGACGCCCCAGAUAGAAGCCACAUCCACCGUGGUUCCCACUACCCCACCUCCAUAUCUCGAUUGGGUUCUGGCUAUCUUCAAGUACAACCUGUUUGACUUCACGUUCCUGGGCGAUUUGACCAAUAGAACGUCUCCACUAUUCAAAAUCUACCAGCAGAACUUCUGUGAUGACAUACAUCGAUUUUAUGAGCGAACGUACCUGGGUGUAGCAUAUAAGGAUUGUCAAAUAAUUAGACUGGGGAGGGAUGAAACAAUAAAAUUCCAUAUAGGAUUCCAUACCCCGUUGUUCCCAACACUUCAGGCAGAUAUCCUGAGGUUUUUGGAAACCUCCGCCCCUAAGUUGAACAUAUCUACUUUCACUGUGAUGGACGUGGGGGAUUUUUACUUAAUCUGGAGAAACUUCACCUACUACAUCGUCACCCCUGAACCUGACGUCUCUACCAUCCACUGGACCAUGCCGACUACGACGGUCGUGUCGACGACUAUACAACCAAGUACACCAACUGUUGUGGAAACGUCGACAAUGAUUACCACCACACCAAAUCCAGAGCUAGAUUGGGUUCUUGCAGUAUUCAAGUUCAAUCUACUGAAUUUUGAUUAUUAUGAUACUCUAAACGAUACCGAUUCCUGGUUAUUUGACAUAUAUGAAAGGAAAUUCUGUUUCGACAUCCACAAUUUUUAUAAGAACGAUUAUCUUUCGUAUGCCUACAGAAGCUGUAAGAUACAGGCAUUUGGGAAAAACACAAUCAAGUUCUACAUCGCAUUCGAGACACCGGUGUUUCCUACCCUAAUGGACGACAUCCUCAAGGUAUUGGACACCAGGGCGCCCAAACUUAUAAUAUCAGACUACAUCGUCCUCAACAUCGGCGACCUGUUCCUGAUUUGGGAUAACUUCACGUAUGAAAUAAUCCCUCCUCAAAUAAUGAGCACAACCCUUACCUGGACUCGCACCGUAUACAGUACUGUGGAAUCGUCCAUUGAGCCAACGCAGACGUCAGUACCAAUGGCGUCGUCUUCCCGUGUGCCAGGAAUUGAAGAAUGGGUCUUGGCAAUAUUUAAGUUUGGUCUGCUAGAAUUCUUCUAUGUUCCACCACUAGCCAACAAGGAUUCCACACUGUUUCACAAAUACCAGAAAAAGUUCUGUGCAGACAUCUCCAGGUUUUACGCCAUAAGCUAUCUGUCAGAAGCUUACCGUGAUUGUCAAAUUACAGAGUUCAAUGAGCAUCCUGAUGCUGUCAAAUUCUUCAUAGCCUUUGAGACGGGACUGUUCCCGGAGCUACAGGGGGACAUUCUACAAAUUCUGGAGUCGCAGGCGCCCAAGUCUAACAUAUCGGGCUACACCGUGCUGAACAUAGGCGACCUGCAUCUGAUCUGGUCCAACUUCGAUUACUGGCUGAAGCCGCCGGAGAAGUUUAGCACGGUGUACAGGUGGACGUCCACGCCAGUGGUGGAGUCAACCGAGACAGUCACGUUUUCUACACCGAUGCCAACUACGACAGAAUUUAUUUACGAGAUAAAGCUGAAGUUUAAGGUGCUCAACAUACGCUACACGUUCGACCUCAAGAACAUCAACUCACUGACAUUUAGACGUCACCAACAGCUGUCGUGUGAUGACAUAUCAGCGUUGCUUCUAGCGCAGCCCAAGAAGUACGCAGGAUUCAAAGGCUGCAGAAUCGACAAAUUCCAGCCCGAGCCUCUGCGCGUGUACUUCAGCCUGGUGUUCAGCGACCAACAGGCGGACGAGACGAGCCAGAGGGUGGAGGCUCUCCUCGUGGAGGUGGCCGACAGGGAGAACUUCUACGACAUGGUGGCGCUGCAGGUGGGCGACCUCGUCAUCGCCGUCGAGAACUUCACCGUGCAUCACAACGGCACUCUCAACAUCAGCGUCACCACGCCGGCUGUUAAAUAUGAUGCCAUUUUGUACAACUACACGUUUUACAUCUACGAACGUAACUUCACUGACGAAUUGCAAGAUGAGUCUUCACAGAUUUAUAGAACAGUGACCGACAGCUUCUGUCUGGGUAUCAAGAACUACUACAUGGCGAGUUAUUUAAAUGAACGAUAUUUUAGCUGCAACGUCAAAAGUUUUGGAAAUCGACUGAAUCCGUACAUGAAUGUGGACGUGGUCUUUGACGGAACCUACGACUACGGGUCGUCGAUAGUGUUCGACGUCGUCAACGUCUCCGCCCCAGCGUUCAACGUCGGCGGCAUUAGAAUGAUACGUGUGGGCAGUCUGCUGGUGUACGCAAAGCAUCCUGGGACGGGUAUACUGAUACGAUGGAGUGACGUCACCACGUCAGCGCCACCUGUUACAGAAUUUCCAGUUCUGUACACACAGUUCGAUGUGUCUGUCGUGGUACUGAAUCUGACCUACAGCUGGGAGCUGGGUGAUCGCACGUCUUCUCGCUUCAGAGUGAUCGCUUCAGACUUCUGUCAACAGAUGGACGUAAUAUUUUCGCCCAAGUUCCCCAAUUAUUUUGGCUGUGUUGUCCAAGCAUUUACACCCAGCCUUGUUAGCAUCGUGUACAGCCUGAGAUUUCGAGGAAUCCAGGACAGUAAGAUGGAGAAACUUGUGAGCGGUCUCCUCUACGACAACGGCUGGAACUUCGUCGGCGGCAGCUUCGAGUUCGCGCUGGGACGACUCAAACUGGAGCCGACGUCCAUCGAGAUCAAGACCUACAUCGUGAGAAACGGCGAGGUCAUCACCCAGACGACAGUCCCGACAACUCCGGGAGCUGUGUCCACACCGGCUACAACACCAGCAGGUUCUAACCCAUGUCAUCCAAACAAGAGUGGGUUUGUGCGACACCCGGUGGAGUGCGACUCGUUCUUCGUCUGCGACAGCGGAAGUGUGGUAAAUAAGAUGCAGUGUGGGAGCGGUCAAAUCUUCAAGGGAUUCAUGUGUGGACCACGCCCUCCCGGGUUCAUCUGUAUACCGAGCAAUUAAGAUGUGUGUCCUAGGUCGGAGUUUAUACAGAUCAAGAUGGGCUGUGUUGACACACAUGACAUUCGUCUACUUGAAGUCUUUCAUACGGAGGAGGAUACUCCAGUUUUACCAUACUGAAAAAAACAAGGAGAAAAAACCCAGAAAGGAAAUGUGAAUGUUAAUUUAUUUUUUUUAAUUUUAUUCAAAAUUAUUCAACUUGAUGUGUGUCCUAGGUCGGAGUUUAUACAGAUCAAGAUGGGAUGUUGACAUACAUGGCAUUCGUCUACUAGAAAUCUUUCAAACGGAGGAGAAUACUCCAAUUUUACCAUACUGAAAAAAAAGAA